AUGAGGGAGAAGAGGAGGGAGAAGAUGAGGGAGAAGAUGAGGGAGAAGAGGAGGGAGAAGAUGAGGGAAAAGAGGGAGAAGAUGAGGGAGAAGAGGAAGGAGAAGAGGAGGGAGAAGAUGAGGGAGAAGAUGAGGGAAAAGAUGAGGGAGAAGAGGAGGGAGAAGAGGAUGGAGAAGAGGAGGGAGAAGAUGAGGGAGAAGAGGAGGGAGAAGAUGAGGGAUAAGAUGAGGGAGAAGAUGAGGAGAAGAUGA